AUUGUCAUGACCUUAUUAACUCUCCAAUCACGGCCUUAAUUUACGCACACGAAGUCGGACGCGAAACCCGGCGUAGAGGCGCGUCCACCUGAACGAAUCUCGAGAACGCAUUGUACCACCGACCUUCUCCGACUACCUACUCCUUCUGAACAGCCAGUGUCUCGUGUUUGAUUAGCAGUUCCGUCAGUAGCAUGCCAGCCAUGCCUCUCCGCCCUUCCCCGUCAGCGGACAACCUCCCUCCUGCAAAACGUGCCAGACACCUCAACACCCAUCUCCCGGACUCCAAGCUCACCCGCGGUGAACGACCUCCACAAACUCAGAAAACCAGCUUCGAGGAUGAUCUCGAGAAGUUGACACAGGAGAUUAGAAGUCAUGAGGGUGAGAGCAUGGAGACGGAUCAGAAGUGGGCGAGACCGGUGUUGGCGAAGAUUAAUCCGAACACAGACUCGAUUGUGUUUCAGCAGAUUGAUAUUGAUGAGAGCACUGACUCGCGUGGACCCACCCUCAGACUCUUCGGUGUCACAGAAGCCGGCAACUCCAUCCUUUGCCACGUUACAAACUUCAUGCCCUACAUCUACGUCCCCGCCCCACCCGGUUUCCAAACACACAUGCUUCCAGCCUUCAAAGAAGCCCUCGACUCUCACCUCGCGCAAUCCUCAGCAAUCGUCCACGCUGUCCAAAUUGCGAUGAAGACGAAUUUAUAUGGGUAUGCAGGCGGCUCUAAAAACCCGUUCUUGAAGAUCAUCUUGAAGGAUCCAAAGUAUUUGCCGAAGGUUAGGGGUGUGUUUGAGAGGGAGGGAAUCAAUUUUAAUGAUAUGUUUCCGGGGCCGACGACAACGUUUGAUAAUAUCGCGAACGAGUUAAGGUUUAUGAUUGAUACGAAGCUUGUUGGGAUGAAUUGGGUUGAGUUACCGGCAGGGAAGUAUUCGCUUACGUCUGAGGACAAGAAGAUUGGAACAUGCCAGAUCGAGUGUUCCAUUCCGUGGAAUCAUUUGAUUUCCCAUGCGCCACAGGGUGACUGGGGCAAGAUGGCUCCGCUCAGAGUUCUGUCAUUCGAUAUCGAGUGUGCGGGUCGUAAGGGUGUCUUUCCCGAACCGAACCAUGAUCCUGUCAUUCAGAUCGCGAAUGUGGUAACGACGUUUGGUGAGCCCAGGCCGUUCGUGCGGAAUAUCUUUACAGUGGAUACUUGUUUGCCCAUCUCUGGUGCGCAGGUUUUCGACUUCCAGGACCAGGGAAAGAUGUUGGCCAGCUGGACUGAUUUCGUGAGGGAAGUUGAUCCGGAUGUUAUUAUCGGUUACAACAUCGCCAACUUCGACUUGCCGUACUUGCUCGACCGUGCGAAGCACUUGAAAGUACAUGAGUUCCCGAAGUUGGGACGGAUCAAAACACAGAGGUCUGAGGCGAGGGAUACGACUUUCUCUUCGAAGGCCCACGGAACGCGUGAGUCGAAGCAGACGAAUAUCGAGGGACGAUUGCAAUUGGAUAUGUUGCAGGUGAUGCAUCGUGAUUACAAGUUACGCUCGUACACCCUUAACUCUGUAUGUGCGCACUUCUUGGGGGAGCAGAAGGAGGAUGUGCACCACUCUAUCAUUACGGACCUGCAAAACGGAACAGCCGAGACUCGACGAAGAUUGGCUGUAUACUGUUUGAAAGAUGCAUACUUGCCACAGAGAUUGAUGGACAAACUCAUGUGUUUCGUCAACUAUACUGAGAUGGCCCGUGUCACCGGUGUUCCUUUCAACUAUUUAUUGGCGAGAGGACAGCAGAUCAAGGUUAUCUCGCAGCUUUUCCGAAAGGCCGCGGAUGAGGGCCUGGUUGUGCCAAGUUUGAAGAGUGAGGGUGGGGGUGAUGAACAAUAUGAAGGUGCGACGGUUAUUGAGCCGACGAGGGGAUACUAUGACGUCCCGAUCGCCACGCUCGAUUUCGCGUCUCUUUAUCCGUCGAUUAUCAUGGCACAUAAUUUGUGUUAUACCACGCUUCUGCAGAACGCGACGAUUCAGCGUCUGGGGUUGGUCAAGGAUAAGGACUACAUCCAGACCCCGAACGGUGAUUACUUCGUCAAGUCUGAGCACCGCAAGGGACUGUUGCCGACAAUUCUGGAGGACUUGCUGAGUGCGCGUAAGAAGGCCAAGGCAGAUCUGAAGAAGGAGACGGAUCCGUUCAAGAAGGCCGUGUUGGAUGGUCGACAGUUGGCGUUGAAGAUCUCUGCGAACUCUGUGUAUGGUUUCACUGGUGCUACGGUUGGAAAGUUGCCUUGUUUGGCGAUUUCGUCGAGUACGACUGCGUAUGGUCGUCAGAUGAUUGAGCGGACCAAGGAGGAGGUGGAGAAGAAAUACUGUGUUGAGAAUGGAUACAGUCACUCUGCUGUCGUCAUCUACGGUGAUACCGAUUCCGUCAUGGUCAAGUUCGGUCCCAAGGAUCUGGCAGAAUGUAUGAGACUUGGUCAGGAAGCUGCGGAAUACGUGAGUACGAAGUUCGUCAAGCCGAUCAAGUUGGAGUUCGAGAAGUGCUAUUAUCCGUACUUGCUGAUUUCGAAGAAGAGGUAUGCCGGACUUUACUGGACGAGAGCGGAUAAGUACGACAAGAUGGACUCGAAGGGUAUCGAGACUGUGCGUCGUGAUAACUGUCGGUUGGUGCAGAACGUCAUCGAUACCGCGCUGAGAAAGAUGUUGAUUGAUCAGGAUGUUGAGGGGGCACAGCAGUAUACGAAGAACAUCAUUGCGGAUCUGCUGCAGAAUAAGGUUGAUAUGUCACAGCUUGUUAUCACGAAGGCUCUCGUCAAGGCGGAUUAUGCGGCUAAGCAGGCGCAUACGGAGCUCGCUGAGAAGAUGAGGAAGCGUGAUCCGGGAUCUGCGCCGGCGUUGGGUGAUCGUGUUGCAUAUGUCAUUGUUAAGGGUGCUAAGGGAGACAAGUUCUACCAGUGUUCUGAGGAUCCGAUUUACGUUUUGGAGAACAAUCUUCCGAUUGAUACCAAGUAUUACUUGGAGAACCAGUUGUCGAAACCACUGAUGAGGAUUUUCGAGCCCAUUUUGGGUGAGAAGGCAAAUUUGUUGUUGGCAGGUGAUCAUACGCGUUCGAUCAGCGUUGCUGCUCCCUCGGCGAGUGUGGGUGGAUUGAUGAGGUUUGCUGUCAAGACCGAAACGUGUAUGGGAUGCAAAACACCCCUCAAGCCCGGACAGAAGGGCGCCGUUUGUCCCAACUGUGCAGCACGUGUCGGUGAGCUCUACCAGAAGCAAUUGACCAACAUGAACGAGUUGGAGGUCAGGUUCGCGAGGUUGUGGACGCAGUGUCAACGCUGUCAGGGGAGUUUGCAUCAGGAUGUUUUGUGCUCGAGUAAGGAUUGUCCUAUCUUCUAUAUGAGGAAGAAGGCGCAGAAGGAUAUGCAGGAGGCGAGUUCGACUUUGGAGAGGUUUGACGCGAGCUGGUAGACUCAAGACGCGUCUGACGCAGGAUGUAUGCGUGGGUUUGCAAUUACGAUUACGAUGGGAACUUUGGAGUUUUGGUGUACAGGGAUCAAGAAUGUCAUUUCGUCAUAGCUCACGGGUUAAUUGAGAUUAAAAGAACAAAGAAGAUCCAGAAUGUCGCGGAUCGCCAAUUAAGGUUCACUACGGGCACGUCACUGGCAAGAGGACCCCUAGACGGCGCUUCGAAGCAUGCUGUUUUCUUUGUUCCAUCCAUUGCCAAUUCUUGUUUUCUACGCGGGGCCGUAUUCCUGCCAGGAGAGCGGCAAGCGUCGGCUAGCGGGGGUACUACGAGCCCCCUGCAGUGCGGUGAGGUAAACACACACAAACUCCUAGCG